AUGCCCAAGUCGCCUUGUUCGCUGCAUGUCGCCUCGCUGCAGCGGCUAGCACAUAUCACCACUUCGUCAGCUCCGCCGAGUACCGAAGCGAAGCCUGAGACCAUCGAGACUGGCACUUCAGGGAAGAGGAAGCGUCCUCUGACUGCCGAACAAGAACGCUUCCUAGACGCUGCUCUCCGUGUAAAUCAGACUGGCGAGCUUGCUGCUGUUGCCAUAUACCAGGCUCAGACUCCGCCCCUAGUCAGAGCUCAUCCACAUCUUCGUCCCCUGAUGAAGCACAUGUACGAUCAAGAGGCCGGCCACUACAACUAUUUUAACAAGAUCAUACCCAAGCAUCGCAUCCGUCCGACAGCCAUGACUCCGCUAUGGGGUCUGGCUGCCACCGCAUUGGGCUGGUCGACCGCCAUAUUGGGCCGAGAGGCCGCCAUGGCCUGCACAGAAGCUGUAGAGACCGAAAUCGGUGAACAUUACAAUGCACAGGUGCGAGAGCUUUUGGCUUGGAUGAAAAACAUGGAAGAACGGGGAGAGGAGCCUGGCGAAGAGAUGACAGAGUUGCUUUCAAACCUCCGAAGGAUCAGAGACGAGGAGCUCGAGCAUCUCGAUCACGCUGUCGAGCACGAUGCAAAAGAGGCUCGUCCAUACGAGCUUCUGACGAACGUGAUCCGGGGCGGCUGUCGUGCCGCCAUCUGGGUCAGUGAGAAAGUCUGA